AACUUCAGCUAGACAGUCGUAAAGCCUGUCCAUGUCGCUGCUGUGUGAUUUUCAGCUGAAACGCUGCGAUGUUAGUAAAUAAAAAGAUGAAAUGUUUCCUGCUUGUUUGUGUAACCGCGAAAUGAAUCAAAGCUGCAGCAAAACAAGCUAAAAACAUGGCGACGUUUAACGGUGAAGUUGCUGCAGGACACUGUGUGGUGGUGGAGGUGAGCCCAGAUAUCCACAUCUGCGGCUUUUGUAAACAACAAUAUUAUAACUUUGAGGGUUUUCUUGACCAUAAGAGAAGUGGAUGUUCGUUCAGCCCGAACCCAUCCGGAUGUACCAGUGCACCAGAGCCCAGCACUGAGCUGGUCCUGGAGGAGGACCUCUAUCAGACCUGUGUGGUGAGAGGGCUCAAAAAGACUCUGACUAAAACACCUGCCAAGAAACUGAAACCAGUCCUGACUUGUAAAAAACACUCCUGCUGCUUCACAGGCUGCACCUUCAAGACACAGUAUGGUCAGAAGGACAUGGAGCGGCACCUCAAAACUCAUACAGGCACCUUUCCAGUGCCAGCAGUGCGACGCCAAGUUUAAAAUCAACUCUGACCUGAAGAGGCACCUGCGCACCCACUCAGGAGAGAAACCUUACAAGUGUGACUUGUGUGAGUACCGCUGCGCCAUGAAGGGGAACCUGAAGUCCCACGUUCAGAUCAGACACGGCCCCGAGACCUCCUUCCAGUGCCAGCAGUGUGACUUCAGGUGCUCCAGCAGGACGGGCCUGCGCCAGCACCGCAGGCAGCACCGGCCCGUCCAGCCGGUCCAGUGCUGCCGCUGCUCGUACUCCUGCUCCAGCAGGGCGGCGCUCAGAGCGCACGAGCGCACGCACUCUGAGGAGCGGCCUUUCAGCUGUGACCUGUGCAGCUUCGCCUCCAAGCGCCUCAGCAACCUGCUCAUCCACAAGAAGAAGUGUCACCUGGACAAACCCCAGAGGGGCGGCACCGAGCCCGGCAGGGGCGGGGGCAAGACGGCGGGGGGCGACCUGACCAAGCCGGUGGGCUCCAGGUACCGGGCCAAGCUGGACGCGGCUCGGGCGUUCUGCUGCGACCUGUGUGACGCCUCGUUUGUGAGGGAGGACUCUCUGCGCAGCCACAAGAAGCAGCACAGAGACACACAACCACAGCUGCAGCUGUGUGACCCGCCCCACGCAGCCGGACCACUUCCUGUUCCAACGCAGAGCAGCGCUCAGCCGGACCCUUCCACCAGCACCCUGCUGAAGAUCAUCCUGGCUCCUCUGGGCCAGCAGGCCUCGUUGGUCCCUGCAGAUGUGGACGGUACCAGCAGYACCAACGUGGUCCUGCUCAGCCCUGAGAACCAGGACCUGGUGGUUAACUCUGUGAUCCAUCAGGUCAGCCUGCUGGCUCCCUCUCAGCCUGUCGGGUCAGUGCAGACCCAACCGCAGACGGUCCUGCUGGCCCAGCUCAGCUCGGACCACAGCACGCCCCUCCACCCUGCCGGGACCACCCAGGACCCCAGCAGCCCCCAGACUCUGCUCAGCUCCUGCUCCGACCUGGAGGGCCUCGGCGCUCUGAUCCACGACGGCAGCGCCGAGCUCUCAGUGAAAGACGACUCCACGCUGGUSACGACGCCCGCUGCGCUCGGCGUGGACCUGUUGAAGCCUGGCGUACCGGGCCUGGUGCCAGACKUGAGCCUGGGCAGCCAGGACGUGGUGGUCCACAGCGUCCCACUCCUGGUGUCCAGUCAGAGUGCAGCAGAGCAGC